AUGCCUGGGGGACAAAGAUCCGUCGGUAGUUCUCCACAGCAGUGGUAUUUCUCCUCAGUUUCUUUGCCAGUGCUCUAUGGAGCUGCCUGUUAUUUUCCAAGUUGGAUAUAUGAAUGUAUCGUGUUUAAAAUGUUUUCAAACUUUGUUGGCUGUUUGGUGAAGGAUCCGUUUGACAAAAGUAAAGUAAUAUGUGAUGAAAAGCUGAAAGAACUCUUCCAUGUCGAAACAUUCCAUGGCUUCAUUGUGACAAAACUCUUAAUUUGCUCAUUUUCACAAGACAUGACAUCACAGUAUGAGCCCUAUGCUCCGAUAUUUGUUGCUAUGCUGUUGGAACACGGUGAGAGAAUUCUAUCGUUUGCGACAUCGAUUUUUGACGGCAAAGGUGUGAAGAUCUCUGUGAAAAUUGCUAGAAUCCACUGGCAUUACGGAACCCGAUCCCAUGCUCCUGAACUCACAACAGGGUACUAUAACACAAGGUACCGAGACGGUUACCUCUCGAUUGCUCAAAUGCUAGCACGUCAUGGUGCCGUUAUCAACUUCACUUGCAUAGAGAUGCGUGAUCAUGAGCAGCCUCAAGAUGCACUAUGUGCACCUGAGAAGCUGGUGAAGCAAGUAGCUUUUGCUACUGCAUCAGCGCAAGUUCCACUUGCCGGGGAGAAUGCACUUCCCCGUUACAAUGAAUACGCCCACGAGCAGAUCUUACAAGCGUCAUCGUUGGAUGUUGAUGGCUAUCCGUUCGAUAGAGAGAUGUGUGCAUUCACGUACUUAAGGAUGAACCCAUCGUUGUUUCAUCCAGAAAACUGGAGACGCUUUGUUGGAUUCGUGAAGAAAAUGAACGAGGGGAAAGUCUCUGAGAACUGA